GCCCUGGGAACGCCGCUUGCCUGGCCCGAAGCGAAGAAGGUCGCGGGACAGGUCCGAGAGUGGGGCAUCGAGGGCAAGGAGCGUGAUGCUCUACUCUGGGGAGACGAGAUCGAGUACCUUGUCGUGACAUACGAUGACGACAAGCGUCAGGUCCGACUGUCGCUACGCCAGGCAGAUAUUCUCGAGGCUUUGGCUAGCGAUGAGAAGCUCCUCGCCCAGGGCGGCGGUGUAGACGAGAUCCAGCGUGGCUCGGCCAGGUACGCUUUUGUUUGCUCCCUGUUCUACAAGCCAAGGUCAUACUCACGCCUGACANGAUCUGGCAAGACAGCCCCCGUCUUCCACCCCGAAUUCGGUCGAUUCAUGCUCGAGGCGACUCCCGGACGACCAUGGGGAAUUGACCUCAAGGAUCUGCUUGACGUUGAGCCAGACAUGAAGUGGAGACGCAAGAUCGCAAAGGAGCAUAUGGAAUCGAGCGAGUUUCCCAUUACCCUGACCACCUUCCCACGACUGGGUGCCAAAGAGCGUUCCAUCACUCCCGAGUACCCCUUGAACGGCGACAAGCUUAGAUCGCAAUUCCUGCCCGACGAGAUCGCGAACCCCCAUAUCCGUUUCCCGACGCUGGCUGCCAACAUCCGCGCCCGUAGAGGCUGCAAGGUCGAGAUCAAUGUACCCGUGUACAAGGACGAGAAGACAACAUGGCCCUUCAUCGACCCCACUGUUGACUACGAUCUUCACACUUGGCCUGAGGACGAUGACGUCCGCAACGGAGCCGCANAAGAGAACCACAUUUACAUGGAUGCCAUGGCUUUCGGCAUGGGAAGCUGUUGUCUGCAGAUCACUUUCCAAGCAAAGAACAUUGACGAGGGUCGCAAGAUGUACGAUCAACUCAGCCCCAUUGGCCCCAUACUGCUUGCUUUGACUGCUGCCACUCCUAUCUACAAGGGCUUUUUGGCCGAUACCGAUGUCAGAUGGAAUCAGAUCAGCAGAGCAGUUGACGACAGAACCCCAGAAGAGCUUGGCGAGAAGGUUUGUCACCCUUGUGUUGUAUACAGGACGAAACUGACGAUUUGCAGCNCGUUGAACGAGUCGAGAUGGCAGAUUCCCAAGUCUCGAUACGCUUCCAACUCCACAUACAUUGCUCAAGAUCCUCGCCUACGCAAGGAAUACUUUGAUCCCAACCUUGUAGUUGAUCCUGACAUGAAGCAGAAACUCGUAGAUGGUGGUAUGGAUGAUCUGCUGGCCACCCACUUUGCUCAUCUCUUUAUUCGCGAUCCCAUUGUUGUCUUCAACGAAGACCUGAAGGAGCUGGACCUGAACAAAGUCGACCACUUCGAGAACUUGCAAUCCACAAAUUGGCAGCACAUGCGCUUCAAGCCACCGCCGCCAGGCAACGACAUUGGCUGGCGAGUCGAAGUCAGACCCAUGGAGAUUCAGAUCACCGACUUUGAAAACGCCGCCUUCUCCGUCUUUGUCGUCCUUAUCACUCGCGCAAUCCUCAGUUUCGACCUCAACUUUUACAUUCCCAUCCAAAAGACCACCGAAAACAUGGAGACGGCACAUCUCCGUAACGCAGUCACAGAGCAAAAAUUUUGGUUCCGCAAGAACCCCUUCCCGGCCACCAGACAACCGAGAUCCGGCACUUCGACACCGACGCAAUUCUCGCGUCCCNCCAGUCCUGCCGCACCGGUUGAGGAUGAAUACGAACUCAUGACUGUCAAUGAAGUCAUGAACGGCAAAGCGGACGGCUUCCCUGGUCUGAUUCCUCUAGUCGAACGCUAUUUAUCCAGCAUCAACGUCGAUGUAGAGAUUCGUUGCGAAAUGGCCAGAUAUCUGAAACUGAUCCGUCAACGCGCAACUGGCGAGCUCUGGACGGCAGCCAAAUGGAUCAGACACUUUGUCGCCGAGCACAAGGGGUACAACAAGGACAGUGUGGUGGGCGAAGGCAUUACCUUUGAUCUGGUCAAGGCUGUUGAGCAAAUGACAGUGAACGAAGGUAAAGAUGGCUUGGGCGUCGAGAUGUUGGGCCGCAGGAAA